GUGCCUGACUUCUUUUUUCCAGAUAUAAAUGAAUGUGAAGCAGGAAAGCACAACUGUUAUGCAAACGCCAGUUGCAAAAACACUAAAGGAUCCUUUGUGUGCACCUGCAAGCCAGGGUAUUCUGGGGAUGGAGUUAACUGCACAGGUGAAAACAAUACCUCGGUCUUCUUUAUAAUAAAUCUUUUUCUAAUCAACUCCAUUUAUCUCGCAUUAGAGCCAAGUUCACCCACAAGGUAGUAUACAGCUUAGUCCCUAGAGCUACAGUUUGUUUUUCAAUUUAAGAUGAAAAAGUAUGGAAAUACCCUUGCAUUACAAAAGUUUGUGAUUUACAGUAUCUGUAUGCAAUUUUACCCCUAUACAUGCUUGAAAUAUUUAAGUUUUUUAAUGUGUUAUUUUAUUGUGCUCCUACAAGAUUGCAUUCUAUAAUAUCUUGCUUCCUUAGGUCUCGCUAAUCCUCUAUCUAUACACGUGAUGUCAUUAAUUUUUUUGUAAAUUUUUCACCUGCUUAAUAUAUAGCAAAAAUGUUUUUGCUUUCUAGCAUAGCCAGAAAUCUCUCUCUCCCUCUCUCUUCUGAUCGUACCCAAUCCUAGAAAAUAAAAGGUUAAGUAAAUCAGUUUUGAUGAUUUAGUCCUGCAUCUGAUUUGCAGAGGUAAACGAGUGUAUAACAGGAGAGCACAACUGUGAUGCCAAUGCAGACUGCAAUGACACUGAAGGAUCUUUCGAGUGCACUUGCAAGCCAGGGUAUUAUGGGAACGGAGUUAACUGCACA